AUGUAUAACCCCAAAACGAAUACGGUCGUUGCACCUGUUCGUGAAACAUGUGCACAAUCUUUAAGUGUAGUUUGCAGUCGAUUAGAUAAACGACGAGUGAAUUUAGUGUUGUCGACAUUAAUAUGCAUGACACAAGACAAAAAGAAUUGGGAAGUACGUCAUGGAUCUUUGAUAUGUUUAAAAUAUAUAUUAACACUUUCACAGACUAUACCAGCGGCAUUACUUAAUCAAAUUAUAAAUGUAACACGAGAAUGUCUCCACGAUCAAUUUGACGAUGUUGUUGCAGAGGCGGGCUCAGCACUCAUCCCGUUAAUCACAAACUAUGAAAAAAACAUUAUGGAAUGUGCUACAGUAUUAAUAACAGAUUUGAUAGUACUCUUAGACGGAAUGGAUGAUUUAAAUGCAGCUGCCAGUAAUAUUAUGAGAUUGCUUUCCAAGUUACUUGUAUUGAAAAUACCUCAAAAUGUAUUUCCAAAAUUAUUUCCAUUUGUUCGUCAUCAUAACAGCGCAUUUCGUUUAGCAGCAAUACAGACGAUGUUAAAAAUUUUAGAAGCAAGUUAUGAUGAAUUACAGUUGAUAGAAGACGAUCCAUUAGCACAAGUAUCAGUAAUUGAAAAUACUUUUCGUUGUUUAUAUCAACGUUGUGUAUUAGAGUCCGAUGAUGAUAUUCUAAAUACAAUUGAACAAGCAUGGCAUACACUAUGUCAAUCAUUACCAUCAGUUACGUUACAACGGUGUACAUUUACAUGUUUUCCAAUUUGGAUUUGCCUUCUUGUACAUCCAUCCAAAAUAUCUAUUAAUUCAAGUCUUUUGAUUGAUGAAUCGGCAAACACUUUUAAUAAUGAAUUUUUAAAUGAUUAUAAUGAUUGUACACGUCAGUACUAUAUUUCUGGAAUAUGUCAUCAAUAUGAAAAUUAUGUACAACAUGAUCGUGCUGUUAUAAAAUGUCGAAUAAUUUGUGCACGUCUAUUAGCUAAAUUAUUUUCCAUUUAUCAAAAACAGGAGGAGACAAUUGCAAUAAAAAGUCAAGUCGUUUUAUAUUUAACACAAAAUCUAAAUUAUCGUAGUGCUGUACAACGUAUUGGAUUUGGUAUGAUUCUGUUACAAUGGACAAAAUUAGUUGAUGAUCUACCAGAUCUUUUAAAAGAACGUUUAUCAACUGCUUUAAUAGAAAUCGUUUAUUUCGAUGAAAUUGCUCCAUCGUUUACAAAAUUAAAACGAGAUUUCAGCUUAUUUAUAGAACAAUGUAUUAAACGAAAAUUUUAUGAAAAAGAAAAUUUAUUAUCAGGAGUAAAUUUACAUUCCGUCGAUCAAAUAAUCGAGUUAUGUAAUAAAAUAAAUCCAGCAAUCGAACAUGAUUCAAAUUUGAAUGGUCAAAGACAAAAUAUACUUGACGAGGCCAAACGAAUACAAAAUGAAUCCGAAUUACUUACAUUGAGAUCAGCUGCUUAUUUGGCUUGUGCUUGUGUUUUUUCACGUUUAUUAACGGAACAAUUGAAUCCAAUUAUUCGACCACUUAUGGAUUCUUUAAAAAAGGAAGCUGAUAUAAACAUUCAGACUGAUGUCGCUCAAUCAAUAGCUGAAUUGAUAAUGCAAUGUUCAACUCGUCAACCUAGUCCAAAUUCUAAAAUAAUUAAAAAUAUUUGUAUUUAUAUUACUACAGAUUCCGAUGAAGUGCCUUGUGUGAAUGCUUUACAAGAGUCAGAUACACGUACUGAAAUUAAUGAAGAUUAUGUUUGUACUCAAUACAAAGGAAUAUAUACAUACAUGAGAACAAACGAUGACAUAUGUCAGUCUGCCGCAUCACUAUGCAGACAAAAUUCAAAUGAAUCAACACCAUCCACAACAUUGUCAUCAAAUUCAAACCGUUUUACAUUUGAAAAUACAUUGGCAUCUAAUACACGACGUGAUGGAGCAGAAUUAGCUUUAAGUUCAAUAUGCAAAAGGUUCGGUGAUGAAUUGAAAAUUAAAUUACCUGAACUUUAUGAUAAAGCUGUUGUUUGUAUUAAUAACAUUGAUGAAGCCUGUUUACAAUCUCAAUCGAUUAAAGAUGCUCAAGAUGUAGUUGAUACAUUACAAAUAUUUGUCACUAUUGUUCCUCACGUUUCUAGGGUGAUAUUAAAUGAUUUUCUAUCAUUGUUACCAAAACUAAAUUUUUGUUUAUCAUCAAAAUAUACAAUUGUCCGCUAUUCUGCUGCUCGAUGUAUUGGUUUACUUUCUUUAUUUGAUACAAGUGUAGUUAUUGAAUUUGUUGUUAGUUCAAUUUUACCAAGAUUAAAAAUAGUUGGAAAUAAUGAAAUCGAACUGCAAGGUGUCCUCGAGGCGUUAUAUCAUGUAAUUGAUAAACAAGCUAUGAAUAUUGUACCUUAUACUCAUCAUUUAUUAAUACCUUGUAUUCAAUGUAUGACACAUCAAGACUGGUAUGUUCGAACAGUGGCAAGUAAUUGUUUUGCAACAUUAAUCAAAUAUUAUCCUCUAAAUUCAUCCAAUGUUAAUCGUGUUAAUUUAAAAUCUAAUGAUGAAAGCCUGGAUUUUCUUGAACAAUUACUUGAUAGUUCUAAAGUCAAAUCAUUCCAGUUACCAAUAAAAAUUCAAGCUGAUUUACGACCAUAUCAACAGGAUGGUGUUAAUUGGCUUAUGUUUUUGAAACGUUAUAAUUUGAAUGGCGUUUUAUGUGAUGAUAUGGGUCUUGGAAAAACAUUAAUGACAAUUUGUGUCAUAGCAUCAGAUAUUGCAGAACGACGAAAUCAAAAUAUUCAAGUAUUACCGUCAUUAAUUGUUUGUCCACACACACUUACACGUCAUUGGACAAGUGAAAUGGAAAAAUUUGUAUCUAAAGAUCUAUUAAAUCCAUUACACUAUUGUGGAACAAUUGCUGAGAGAGAAUCACUUUGUGAGAAAUAUCAUAAAGAUAGUAGUCAAUAUACAGUUGUUGUCUCAUCAUAUGAAACUGUUCGAAGUGAUAUAACGUUUUUUACCGAUAUUAAUUUUAAUUAUUGUGUUCUUGAUGAAGGUCAUGUUAUUAAAAAUACAAAAACAAAAUUAUCAAAAGCUAUUAGACAAAUUUCGGCUGCACAUCGUUUAAUAUUGACGGGAACGCCCAUUCAAAAUAAUGCCAAAGAUUUAUUUAUAUUAAUGGAAUUUUUAAUGCCUGGCUAUUUGGGUGCUGAAAAACAAUUUUGUUCUCGUUAUUUAAAACCAAUUGUUCAAAGUCGUGAUAUGAAAAGUCAAAAAGAAUCAGAAAUUGGACAUUUAGCUAUGGAACUCUUACAUAAACAAGUAAAACCAUUUAUGUUACGUCGAAUGAAAAGUGAUGUUUUAAAUGAUCUACCACCGAAAAUAAUUCAAGAUUAUUAUUGUGAAUUAAGUUCAAUACAAUUAUCACUUUACGAAGAUUUUACAGCAUCAUCAAAACAAACAGAAAAUAUUGAAGAGAUGGAUUUAACUAAAGACAAUUCAAAAUGUCAUAUUUUUAAAGCAUUACAAUAUCUUCGCAAAUUGUGCAAUCAUCCAUGUUUAAUAUUAAAUCCAGAUCAUCCAAAAUGGACAACAGUACAAACACAAUUAAAAGAGAAUCAUUUAAAAUUAGAAGAUAUUCGAUUAUCGGGAAAGUUACUGGCACUGAAGGAUCUUCUCAACUUCUGUGGCAUUGGCUGUAACGAUAUUGUAGCUCAACAUCGAGCUUUAAUAUUUUGUCAAUUGAAAGCAAUGAUUGAUAUUGUCAUUAAUCAAGUAUUAUCGGUAAUGGAUGGUGGUGUGACUUAUUUACGAUUAGAUGGAUCUAUGUCUGCUUGCGAACGGUUUAAUACUGUACAAAAAUUUAAUUCUGAUCCAAGUAUUGAUAUUCUGUUAUUAACGACACAUAUUGGUGGUUUAGGAUUGAAUUUAACUGCAGCAGAUACUGUCAUUUUUCUAGAACACGACUGGAAUCCGUCGAAAGAUGCUCAAGCAAUGGAUCGUGCUCAUCGAAUUGGUCAAAAAAAAGUUGUCAGUGUGUAUCGUUUAAUAACUCGUGGAACAAUUGAAGAAAAAAUUAUGAAUUUACAACGAUUUAAAACAAAUUUAGCUGAUACUGUGUUAAGUGCUGAUAGUUUAGAAACAGAUAAUCUACUCGAUCUAAUUUCAUUUGACAAAGGUAAAGUAACAUGGGAAAAGGAUAAAAAUGGACAACAAUCAUCUGGAAAGAAUAAAAAACAAUCAAUUAAAGCGAUAUUAGAAACAAUGUCUGAUCUUUGGGAUGAAAAUCUCUAUAGUGAUGAAUAUGACAUAGAUAAAUUUCGACAAACAAUUGUGUCUUAA